AUGGUAGUGUCAGUUUCCCACAUUGCUUCAAUAGACAUCGUGACCAUAGUCGACAUCAACGAUGUCAAGAUUGAAGACAACAAGCUACUUUUAUAUAUGCUUCUCCCUGCAAUUUGUCCAUCAAUCUUCAUCAUUAAGCGAGUGUUGCGUUGGUGGAAUGAAAUGAUGAAUGAGAUGAGUCGUGUUUAA